CAAAUUCUGUGGAGGAUUCCCUUCUGAAAUUUGGAAAAUGCAUGGAGCCGCAAUAUGGCUUCCACCGAAAGCUUUUUCUUUGCCAAUUAUCAUCCGAUUUUUGGGAUAGAAUUAUCGAAAAUAAAAUUUAGAAUCGAUAGACCCAUUAAAAUUGAUUGUUAAGUAGCCCUACAAAGUGACAAAUAAAAAGUUUUCAAUUAAGAAGGAUGGAAUUUGGGCAAUUUUUUCGAGAACUCAUUAUUUCAACAGUAUGUUGGCUUCUGAUCAUUGAGCUGCUCAUAUUUUAUAAGAGCGCCUACUUUAACGAGAUCCAUGAGCUAAUAUUCAAGCCUUACAAGGAGGAAUUAAAAGUCUAUGAUAUUGGAGCUCGAAGUCAGCAUUGGGACGAUGAUGGGAUAGCUCGGCUGCUUGAGGACAAUGUCCGUGUUCAUUGUCUUGUUUACUUGGAGCCUUCGGAUCAAAAGUUUGGCUUUCUGAAAAUAAAACACAUUCAAAAUUCCUGGGCUCGACGCUGCAAUCAUCUGAGCAUCGUAAGUCUCUGGGAGACCACCCUGCCAGCUGCCUGUCGACAGGCUUACGAGGAGUUUCAUGAAAGUUUCGACUGGCUCUUGGUCGUGUAUUUGGAUUCCUAUGUGAUAGUGGAGAAUCUUCGCUUUAUGUUGGCUCAUUACUCGCCCAACAAAGCUGUAUAUUUUAGUGCCCAUCACUCCUUCUAUAUAUAUGCACAUGUGGGCCAGGUGGAUACCACGGAUUACAUAUUUAGUCGAGAGGCUUUGGAGCAACUGUCCACAAGGAACUGUCUGCAGGACAAUGUCUACUUGGAGGACUGCUUGAGAAGGAUGGAGAAGGGACCCAGCCAGAGUCUUCAGCCCUUUAACGUUCCGGGUAACGUGGUGCCCUUUACUUUGCGUCAAGAGUUUUGGUUGUGGCCCUGCAUAUACCUCUUUGUCUAUGAAAACCAGAGUAGGGAGGACUGUUACGGCCAAGGAGUAAUAUACCCUUUUGCGAGUGGUAAGCAGAUGAACAUCCUGGAGUUUUUCCUGUACCAGCUUCGAGCCUAUGGCCAUGUCAACAAACUACCAGAACUAAAGUCAGUGCAUUUCCCCAAGAGGAUAUCUGCCAGGCCGCGUAAUGAUAAAGUGGCUCGACACCUUUACAGUUCCGUAAGGAUCAUUUGCCUGGUCUUGACCUGGUCAAAGAAUUACAUGAAAGGAAUGAAAGCCAUCAGUGAGACCUGGGGCCGUCAUUGCAACCGGGUGAUCUACUACACUAACUCCUCGAGGAGCAACAUGGCCGAAGUAGAGACUGUGGCUCUGAACAUAAGUGAUAGCUACGGAACACUCUGGGGCAAGACCAGGGCCGCAUUUAGGCACGCCUACAUGCAUUACCACUCCGAGUUCGACUGGUUCUACAAGGCCGAUGACGACACCUAUGCCAUUAUAGAGAAUAUGCGCUAUUUCCUCCAGCCCUACUCACCUGAAUCGAAGAUAUAUUUUGGAUCCACAUUCGCUAAAGGGGAUAGCAUAUACAUGUCCGGGGGAGCUGGGUAUGUCCUCAGCCGGAAAGCAGCAAGGAUCUUCGUGAAAUACGGAAUCAGGAGGAAAAUAUGUUAUUCGGAUGUCCAUGGCACCGAGGACUUUGAGAUGGGAAAGUGUCUCAGCAAAUUGAACGUAACAGCCGGUGAUUCCAGAGACGUCUAUGGACGCCAUCGAUUCUUUUCUCUUUCCCUGGGACACUUUAUAAUACCUGGUUAUGAUGAUCAAAGUUUUUGGCUGAAGAACUACCUUCAUCAUGAAUUUAGCCCGGGUAUGGAAUGUUGCUCAACUUAUUCAAUAUCAAUGCACUAUAUGACACACCACGAUAUGUAUUUUCUGGAAACAAUUUUAUACAAAUCGCGACCGUAUGGGAUUGUAAAUGGACAUCCUCCAUCUAGAACAUCAAGAUUAGCCACAAUUAAGUUGUAA